CUCUCCAUCAUCCUAACCUGACAGUAACGCAGCGUGUCGUCCUGUAUAUGCGUCUCGUCUCUGCUCGACACACACACUCCAUCUCUCGUGUAAUCGGCAGAGAGGCCGGAGAGGAAGACCGCGUCAGCGGUGGUGAACCAUCCUCGCCUCCUCAUCUCCCACUGCUGCUACUGCACGCAGGUUCGGCCAUUCUAGCCCCAGACGCCCAGUGCCCUGUGCCCAGCGAACGUAUGGCUUGGCAAACAAUUUGGACAUCGGGCUCACGGACUCAUUGCAUAGCCAGUUACGGGCGCUGUUCAGCGUUCGAUUGCAUAACCGACAGCCGGGGUAUUAUUCCCAACGAAAGCGGCCCAUCACACGACCACAAAAGUGAAGCAGGCAAGGCAAAUCCGCAAGGCUACCUACUAUACACACUUCGGGGUUAUUGACCAGAGCUUCCGCAACCGGCUGCCCCGCAAGUGUCAAUGCCUUCAGUCGCAACUCAACAAGGGCACAAGACACGCAAAGGCAAGAUGCUGGACGAUAAUGAUCGUGCCAGCACCUCCGCAAGCGGCAUGCUCACAGGUGGCAGCAGCGGUAAAGGCCGGAGUGAUACCACUAGUGGCAACACAUACGGUGCUCAUGGUGAUGCGGGCCAGUCGAUGAGCGGAUCUACGACCAGAUCCAGCGCUUUCGAUUUGCCGCCCAUGCCGGUGCCUUAUGAAGACUUUCAAUUCUCGCUUGACCUGCCGGAGGAAGUAAGCUUCUCGGACAUCGAGCUGGUCCGCUCGCCGAACUUCAACGACCUGUUUGGCAUGAGUACCAAUCUCGCUGCUUUAAGUGACAACAGUAGCAGUAUGGGAAUGGAGAGCAGCGGCAGCAGCAGCGGAAGAGGUGGCAGCGCACAGGAUCCAAUGAGCGGCUACUCCUCGGCUGCCCCAUCAGCGCCUCCUUCCGCGCCGGUGAGCCAGGCGCCUUCCUACGUACGCGUGCCAGCCUCUAGACAUGGGGGCACAAGCGCAAACAGCGACAGGAAAGGCAAGGCGCCGCAGCAGCACACAGAGGGCGAGCGGGAAUAUGGCAAUCUAGCAGCUUUCCACCUCCGACCACCACCGCCGCCCGACUUUACCCCUCCGCCGGGUCCGUCACUGUUCUCGUUCGACAUCGGACAGGACAUGAUGCAAGAUGUCAGCAUAGAGCAGGGUGGGAGGGGUGCAGGCUCAGGUUCGGGCUCAGGCUCUGGGUCGCAGCCCGGACCCGGCUUAGGGACUGGCACUGGAACUGGCGAGGCGAAUGAUGCGAACAAUCUGUUCAACGCGCGGGAGAGCAACUUCCUCACGAGCUUCCUCGAAGGCUUUGACUGGGACUUCCAACCACUGCUUCCGGAAGGCAUGCCGUCCUUUGCAGAUGCCGAACGCGGCUCCUUCGCACUGGGCCUCGAGGGCUGUGGUUCUCCCACGAAAGCUGGCAGCACGCCUGGCGGUGGCGGCACGGCCACGCGCACACGGCUCGCCGCCGGGCGCAACAGCAGUGGGAGGAAAGGCGCACGCGGUCCCAGCGCGGUGCAGAGCCCCACUGAGGCGAGUGACGCGACGAGCCCCCGGGGCAGCGGAACGAGCGAAGCGACCGCUGUCGGGGAGCGGAGGUCCCCACGCGAUGACGCCGCGAGCCCAGCGGGCGCACCAGCAGCGGUAGAUCGGGAACAGGAUGGAGAGAGGGAAAGGAAAGACUUGACCCAGAAUCAACGCAAGCGGCGGACGACAGAGGCUUCUCGCGCGGCUGUCCGUGAAUGCAGCACCAACGGUGAUGCCCGCAGCAUGUUGAGCAGCAUCAUCCUGGAGGAUCCAGCUGCCGCCUCCACCGCGGCGAGCGGCCUCAUGCAUCCGCUCAUGGCGCAGUCACAAGCGGGGACGUACCCGCCACAGCACCCGCACGCGGCCAUCAUGCAGGCGGCAGAGAGCGGCAACUUCAGCAGCGCAUUCCCUUGGUUGCCUCCGGGGUCACUCACUAUGCCUCCUGCUAGCUUUGAUCUGCAGCAGGCGACGCCGCAGGCGCGGACGAGGACGUUCGAUCAGAUGAUGUCGGAAGAUGGGCAGCAGCAGCAGCAGCAACAGCAACAGCAGCUACUCGAGCGACAGCAGGCUCAGAAUCCGCACCCAAACCAUCAAAUGCUUCAGCACCACCCGCAGCAAAAAAUCUCUUCGCCUGCACCAGACGGCAGUGCUGCCGAGCCGGAAAAGAGGCAGCACCACAUCUUCUCCGAGCAGCGCCGGCGGACGAACAUCCGCGAGGGCUUCAAGGAGCUCGUCGAACUGCUCGAACUCGGACGCGUCUACGGCGCGCGUGGGCUCGGCCUCGCUUCCGGCGCAGGUACUGGCAUCGAAGAUGAGGGGCUCGACGACCGCUCCGACGAUGAGGAGGACGAGGAAGGCAGUGGCCUGCCGAAGCGCAAGAAGGGCAAGGCGCGCAACCGCAGGAGCGGAGGGCCUGCUACGCGCGGCAAAGGCAAAGGGCGCGGCAGAGGAGGCUCAGCAGGCGGAGGCGCUGGAAGCAAGAGCGCCGUGCUGUUCCAAGCGGUCGAUCUCUUGCGCUGGCUUCAUGGCCGAAAUCAGGUGAUCGAAGAACAGUGUGACAAGAUCGAAGCGCUGCUACCUGGCCCGAAAAAGUCGGAUGCCGCGAUGCAAAUGUAGCAUUUCUCUCCAUUUCAUCAAUUCGCUUACGAGCCAUCUCGGCUUUACAUGCAACGCCUCCCAGUACAGCAUGUCUAUAUGCUUCGCAAGCAGGCGGCGGCAUCUACCACUUUUGCCAGGGCGAGAAGCGUUUCCUCCUGCAGCCGUCGGCCGAUCAAUUGGAUAGCGACGGGUGAUCCGU